AUGGAGGAACGCGUCGUGGAUCUGCCAGUCGCGCAGGCAGACAUAGAGGAGCAGCUUGCGCCGCCGAUUGCGUGGAUUCCUUCCCAUGUUCCGGUCACCACGGACGUGCCGGAGCCGCUUGCUCAUAUGCUAGAUAUGCUUGUUACAGGGACGCUCCGCGGUCAGGUAGCGGAGCCAGUAGCAUUGGACAUGGUCGAUACUGCGCGGUACGGCGAUGUCGUGCGUGCGUCACCAAUUGCUGUAAUCCAACCUGUGGAUGAAUCUGGUGGAUCAGGUGCGCAGGAUUGGAUAGUUGUGAUACAAGUGCGUAGCACAGGCGCGGUUCGUCGCGUCGCCACGGAACUGGGCGGCUAUCUCAAGCACACAGUACCUCCCUCAACGAGCGGAACUAUUUCGUCCUUGGAUACGCUGCUUGGGCCGCCGAAGCAGGUCGAAGAACCAAGUAAGCCGCAGGCACCGCGCCCUGCAGGGAUGUCGCGCAUUGAGCACGAAAUGGGCACGCGCCUUCCAGCUUGGCAGAUUCAAAAAAUCGCGCUGUCUCGCAAGUUUCCGGAUGGGUGGUCUCCCAUGUCGAAGCUCUCGCACGAGGCGCAACAUGGAUUGCGAGUGCUGCACGACGCAGAUCCUGAUCGAUUUAACGCUCUUGUUUUGAGCAAACGCUUCCGGAUCAGCCCUGAGAGCGUGCGGCGGAUCCUAAAAAGCCGAUGGGAGCCGAAUGUCGACGAAGCAAACCGCCAAAAUCACCGUGCCAUGGCAGCAGAAGCAAUGCGAAAAAGCGUUGGUGCAUAUGAGCGCGAGCAGGCAGAGCUGCAAGAGCUGCGUGGGGAGAUUGACUUGGACGUUGCGCCGCGCAGCUUUACGCAAGCCCCCACAGGCGCACACGCGCAGCCCGUGCGCUUCGAAGGCCUCGUUUCAAGUGCAGAUCUUGCUGCGGGUAGUAAAAAACAAAAGAGCGUCGCUUCGCGCGGGUCGGGCGACUGGUGCCUUAUUGAUGCAGGCUGGAUUGUCGUACAUGUCAUGUUGGACAGCGCCCGUGCACGGUACCGGAUCGAGGAUAUGUGGCGGGAAGAGACGGUGGCAUAA